GAGACAAGUGUUCUCUAAAAAAACCGAGCUUGGGGUUCCGCCUAAAGUACUUCCUAGAGAGAGGUAUAGAUAGAGCAGCUAAUAAAGAAGAUGAAAUUCGGAGGAUUCCUUGGAUUUGACAAUGGAAUUAUAUUAGCACCUAUGGGUGCUGAUGUCUCUGGACCUCAACUCGUAGCUGCUGUUGCUAAUGCUGGUGGUAUCGGACUCAUUGCUAGCCCUGUUAAUAAGUACGAGUUGAUGGUGAAAGCAAUACGGCAAACAAGGAACCUAACAAAGAAACCAUUUGGAGCAGGAAUAUUGCUGGAAUUCGAUCAAGAGAAAACAAUCAAAGCAAUAUUCGAUGAGAAGUUGGCAUGCAUGGAAGUAUAUUGGGGUGAUUUUCCAAAAGAAAUGGUCGAUGAAGCUCAUAAACAUGGUGUCAAAGUCAUCCAUCAGGUAGGAUCAGUCCAGGCAGCUGAGAGAGCAAUAGCAGCUGGAGUGGAUUGUGUUAUAGCCCAAGGUGUUGAGGCUGGUGGUCAUAUUGCUGGUACAGUUUCCUUGACGGCGUUGGUACCAAGAGUAGUUGAUGUUGCUAGAGAUUGGGGAAUUCCAGUGGUUGCAGCUGGAGCGAUCAGUGAUGCACGGGGAUAUGUUGCUGCCCUUGCACUUGGUGCCAAAGGAAUAUGUGUGGGUACAAGGUUCAUAGCUACACAUGAGGCGUAUGCGAAUGACUACUACAAACAACAAUUACUAAACUACAAGGAAAAUCAAACCGACCGUACUGAUUUGUAUGAACGUCUCACUUGGAGAGCUUAUGUUCGUUGUCUCAACACACCAUUUCAUCAGAAGUGGCAUGACGCACCUGAUACAGUUCAAAACGACGACUCUCAACCUAUCAUCGGAAAGUCCAUCAUAUACUCCAAUGAAACAAUUCUUCGAAGAUUUUCAGGUCAGGUUGCAAAUCCUACGACUACCGGAAAACUAGAGGAUAUGGUGAUGUAUGCCGGCCAAGGUGUAGGGCUAGUGAAUGAUAUUGUUUCGGCACGCGAAGUAAUUAGGAGAUACGUAGACGGGGCAAAAGCCAUAAUACAAGAAAUGGGUCAAAUAUAUCUGACUGAAAAUAAUCAUGGAGCUAGCAUUGAAGAAGAAGAUGAUGAAGCGGACCUUAUAGUGGAAGAUGGCUGGGCUUGGGUUUAAAACAAGUGUGAUUUGUGGCACAUUGGAUACUAUUAUUGAUCACCAGAGCUUUCCUUCUAUAAGAAAUUUAAUUAAUUCAAUUUCAUUUGAUUGUGUAUCCUAGGGUAGAUUGUAUGUACCUAAUGUAUGUAGGUAUGCACCUCUGAUUUAUUUAUUUUUCUGACGGAAAGGUUAAAUAUAUUAAUUAAGUAAUAUAAUACGCUCAAUUUAUAAUUUUGUUUUUA